ACAGGCUUCAGCACUGAGAGAGAUUGAGAACAUUUGAACAGAAGUGAAGUUUGGGCGAGCAGAACUAGCUGCCUCGCCGCUCAUUUAACGUUAAGUUACCAAAACAGUGGCUAGCUACUGUAACGCCGCUUUGGCUAUUCUGGACUUUUAGGCACGCAGGCUUGACUAUGGAGGUAGUCCGGGUAAUUUUGUGUGUCAUGUCCGUGUUUGUUGCUCUAGUCUCGGAAAGGUUUGUGGUGCUGGCUCACUUCUCUCAGUCUUUGGACAGCGACUUCACAUUCACUCUACCCGCCGGUCGCAAGGAGUGUUUCUACCAGACCAUGAAGAAAGAUGCCUCACUGGAGAUUGAAUACCAGGUAUUAGAUGGUGCAGGUCUCGAUGUAGAUUUCUUAAUCUCCUCUCCUUCUGGCGAAGUGCUGUUCAGUGACUACCGCAAGUCAGAUGGAGUGCACACUGUUGAAACUGAGGAUGGAGACUACAUGUUCUGCUUUGACAACACGUUCAGUUCCGUCUCCGAGAAGCUCAUCUUCUUUGAGUUGAUCCUGGACAACAUGGAUGCAGAUGAAGACCCAGACGAGUGGAAGGAGUAUGUCCACGGAACAGACAUACUGGACAUGAAGCUGGAAGACAUUAUGGACGCCAUCAACAACGUGAAGGCCCGGCUGGGCAAAAGUGUGCAGAUCCAGACGGUGCUGCGGGCGUUCGAGGCUCGCGACAGAAACCUCCAGGAGAGUAACUUUGACAGGGUGAACUUUUGGUCGGUGGUAAACCUCAUUGUUAUGAUGUUGAUAUCAGCGGUUCAGGUCUACCUAGUCCGCUCACUGUUUGAAGAUAAAAGGAAAGUUCGUACAUAACAUCACCCCAAGUGGAGGGACAGACAGAGAGAGAGCGAGAGAGAGAAACUAACACACUUGCCCACAGAUACCUGGAUACCAUCUAUACACAUACAUAUACACACACACAUACACAAAUAGACAAAUUUUGACAUUCUUAAUAACAAAGUCACAACUUCUGUUACUCUGGUCUUAAGUCCACUGGAGUUUGAGGGACAGCAGGAGUCUCUGGUUUGGAACAGGAACUUAUAUCUGUCAGCCCGUCUACUUUGCAAACUUCUUUGCUAAAGAAAAAAGGUCUUUGUCUCUCUUUAAAACUUGUAUAUUGUCCUCCCUGGCUGCUUUAAUUCCUCACAGAAAGUGCCAUAACAAGCACGUUUAUGAUGCAACUAUUUUUCUAACGGAGCCUAAAGUUACCAGGCCAGUUGCCAAUUGCAAAAAUGUCCUCUUUUCUUUGGACAUGUUUUUAUUUGAGCUAAACUUGAUGAAGAAGUGGUAUGGUGUCUGAAGAAUUGGAUUUAUUUCUGCCAAACAAGAGUGGGAAGUGCAAUCCGUCUGUCAGCACAUCUUCCCCAUACAUUAGUUACUCUCGAAAAUGCACUGUGUGUUACUAAGACGCCGUAGUGAUUUGUAUUUAGCUGCCAGCCUUUUGCCAGUCUGUGAGGCCUUAGAAUAUUUCUCCCAUUGCCAUGGACAUUUAUGUUGUUUAUGGAAGUUCAGUCACACUUUCCUUUUCAUGCCAAUGCUGAAAAGUCAGGUGCUCAGGUAGGGCCACGCUGCUAAUGCUGCUCUUGGGCACCCAAGGGACCAUGAAGUGGGAGAAAAGGAAACAGGCCAUCUUCAAAUAUCUUAAUGACUGCUGCCCUACUCUGCUCUGCCAUGACUUGUGGGCUUGUGGCCUAAAUGGCAGCCAGCUCUGCUACCCUGACUGCUGGCGGGUGUCUGCUUACAGGCACCUACUGUGUGAAGAUAUUGAGCCUGCCUGUCUCUCUGGUGACAGAAGUCUAUUUCUAUUUUACCAACACCUGGAAGGUCAUUACCACUGCUACAUGGGUGCACUGCGCAGUUUUAUAUGCACGAGCCAUUGACUGCCUUGGCUUACAUCAGCAUUCUUUUUAAAUGUAUAAUCAUUACAAUCUAACAUCUGAUCAUUGCACUGUCUCUGAUGCCACAGAACAACAUUUCUUUGUCUUCAUAUUCUUAGAGCAAGAUUUAACAUUAUGGGCCAUGUAGUGGUUUUUUUUUUGUUGUUGUUGUUUUUUUUAGGAUUAUGGGGGGCCCACCAGAAACGGGUCCACAACUUGUCCUGAUAUGUGACUAAAGUAGCACUGCUCAAGACGGUUUUAUCUCAUAGUAUUAAGAUGCUACUGUGGCUUGUGAUUAUGGUUGCUGAGAGGACUUCUUUUAUUGUUAUUACUGGGCUCCACAGACGAAACUUGGUCACUCACUACCCUGGCUGGAAGCUCCAUGUUGCCAUCUUCUGAAUUUGCCCUGUACUGUAAGAUAAAGGUCAUACAGUGAGUUCAUGCCUUCAUAAUUAAAACAGCCUUAUGUUGGAAGUGCUGUAAAAUCAAUUGUUUUAAAAUGAUAGUUUUUCCAUACAGUAUGUACGUCUACGGUUGUAACAAAUGAUUUCAUCUGCCUCAGUUUAGGUGCUUACUACCAUCCUUUAUUCCUCUGCCCAGCUGCUCUCACUGUGGCACCCAGUGUUUAAUUGAAGUACUGUAUGUUAAGAUUCAGUAAGUCUUAUAAGUGAUGGAUUCAUAAUAUGAAGUUACAAUUAAAACCAGCUUCUGGUGCUUCAUAGUUCUACAGAAAUGAAAGACUACAAAUAUUUUAAACGUAUUUCUAAGUUACUGAGUAGGGGAUUGUUAAAGUUUCUAAGUCAACAGCCACACUGUUUUUGAAAAAUAAUUUUUACUACCCUGAAUGGAGCAGUGGGGGAAGAGGGACUGUGGCGUUAUAAGAUAUUUAUUCAACUAAUGUCUUGUAGUUGUAAAUGUGUAUAAAUUAAACAAACAUUUUUCUGA